GACCAAUGGCAGGGGGGCUGAGUGGGUGGUGAGUCUGUGUACAGUGACGGGCUGUGGCGGACUGGGCGCAGAUCAGGCCUUUUGCUCGGCAGGGAAUAUGUGUUUUCACGUCUCCAGCAGGCGGAGAUGGUUCCUGGCAGCAUGGAGAUAGUUCACGAGGGAAUGCUGAAGAAGGCGCCGCCCCCGAAGCGCUUAUGGCGGGCGAAAUGGAGAAUGCGAUGGUUUGUGCUACGGUCUGGAGAGCUGCCAGGCCAGUACUUUCUGGAAUAUUACACAGACCAGACACGACGCAAGCUGAAAGGCAAGAUAGACCUGGACCAGUGUGAUCAAGUUGAUGCUGGCAUAGCAUUUCCCAAUCCCAAGUUGGAGUAUAAAUACAUGUUUGACAUCAAGACUCCCAAGCGAGUGUAUUUCCUGUGUGCUGAGACUGAGCGGGAGAUGAACCGAUGGGUGGACUGUGUAUGUCAAGUAUGUGGGCUCAAGAUAUACUCUCAAGAAGAUGAAUAUCCCCCAAUGUCUCUUGAUCACAUUUCUCCAACACCAUCUGCCACUCCACCCACUCCUUUACACUCCCUACCCCACGAUCCUGCAUUGGACUCCCCUUCUCUCUCACCCUCUUCACCUGGCUCAUCCAUUUCUGGGCCAUAUAUUCCCAUCAGCACCUGCUUUACUGGGAAGAGAACUCCCAAUACUAGUUCCAGUUUUCCUUUUGGUGAUGACAUACCACCAUUACGAGUUUCAGAUAACCAUCGAUCAAGUAUUCCCAAUGAAAUGGCACCAUCAAUACCUGUGAUAUGCCCCGACUCCCAGCCACCGCUCAUGCAGGCACCCUCACCCCCUGCUGUCAACACUGGAGCAAUUCCCAGGGAAACCUAUGAUGGUCACAGACAACUGAGACCAUUUGGCACAACAUCAGAGGAUACUCUCAGUGUAAAGUCGCCUCUAGGGACUGAUGGAAGUAGUGUAUUCAGUGAAGAUGAGUUGCCAUCACAUUCAAAUAAAACAGAAACAAAGUUUUUCAGUGAGGGAAGCAGAAUAGUUACUGGGAACACGUACUCAAAGGAAGGGCACCAGGAAACUCCUGCUGGAGGAGUAGGGACUCUAGUAAGUGAUUUGCAUGGCAUUGGCCUGUCAGAUGAUGACCACCAGAUGGCAGCACCACCCAGACCACCCAAACCUGCACAUCUAGCAGAAAUUCCUCACCAGACAUAUCAGAAUUUGGAAAGUGUGUCAAGAACUGCAUUAGUGAGGAAAAAUAGUUCAAAUGAAAAAAUGAAAAAUGGACUUGGAUGCUCUCUUACAAUUAGUGAUGUUAAUAUUGUAGCUUCUGGGCCAGAACCUUCACCAGCCUCUGUGAACAGUUCCUUACCUCCUUCUUCACCAAGAGAGAUCAGUGAGGAACCUCAUGGAGUAGUGAUUAGGUCACAGCAGUUCUCAGAAGCAGCAAGUCCCAAGUCAGCUGACAGACCCAAGCAGAGAUACUGUUUCAACAAUACAGUUCUGACACCCAAACAGAGCCAGGUAUUCUCAUAUGACCUGCGACACCAUGAUAAAUUAGGAGACCAUGAGCCAAUAGACCCAAGAAUAUCCCCUGCUGGAGCAUACUCCAAUAUUAGUCAAACAAACAGAAGUCCUCCAGCAGUUGAUCGAGGACUUAAGCCUAGGAAGACUUCAGAGGGGAGCAACUUGGGGUCCUCUGAUUUAUCUCCACCUCCUUCUGGUGGUGGGAUGUCAGAUUUAUUUGGAGCUGUUGGAGGUUCACCAGCAUUACCUUCAUCAGCACCUCCUGUAGUAGACAGGAACCUGAAGCCUGUCAAGAUCCCUCCAGAACCCACAACCAGAUUCGUCUUAGAACCGGCCCCAACCCGAAACAUGAAACACAAGUCUCGGCCAGCACCUUCGCCGACUCCCCCACUCAUGCACAAUGGAAGAGGCAACACAGACAGCGGGGAGGAGAAUGAUCUUGUGUCAAGCCCCGACAGCCGGCGUAAUUCUUCAAAUGCGGAAGAGCAGUGUCCCACACGCCACCUCCAAGAGUUGAAGUACCUUGAUUUGGACCAUGCCACAAGAAACCCACAAACUCCAAAACCAAACAAAACCAUAGUGGCUCCACCUCCUUCUGUUGAUUAUCGAGAAGUUGACUUUUUCAAGACUUAUGCAUUCAAUAAAUGCAAAGAGAAGGUUGAAGAUACCUACCGCAAGAACCAGUGAUUUUUUUGGCUUUUUAUGUCUUAAAAUUGGUCUUUGCUGUGUAGGUACAACUUGAAAACCAAAGGGGGUUUGCUGUCAGAACUUUGAAUCUGUAUUUGAUGUUGGAACUUUUUAACUAUGGAAAUUAUCAUGCACCAAAGUAGCACAAGAUAUGAGAUCCUCAUCCAGAUUUUAAGCUAUAGAUUGUAAUGUUUUAUACGGGAUAUAUUUCAAGGAUUAUGUAUUUGAAUAGUAAUGAUCAUAAAAGGAACAGACUAAAGCAUUAUAUUGGUAGUGAGAUGAAGAAGGUAUGGAGGAUUGAUAGUAAAAAACAUGGUUAGGUGAGGUCACAUGGAUGGGUGGCUAUCUGUCAUGAGUGCACUGCAUUCCAAUGUUGUGAAUUCACUGGGAAGUGGGUGUAUUUUCAAGCAUAAGGAAAGUUUUGUACUUCUUGCUCAGUUAUCACUGAGGACCAAAUGUAUGUAAUAAGCAGAUUAUUGUUAAUCCCUGUAAGUUAAUGCUUCAUUUUUAUACUUAUGUUUAUGGGUUUUUAGUAAAUCAUACUUUUAUAACACUAUGUCAUGAAAGCACUUUCUUGAGAUGAACUGUCACUUUUCAUAAACUUCAUGAAUAGUACUACUAUAUGAUUUAUACAGAAAAUUGUUGGAGAAUGGAUUAAGUUCAUUGUCUUUCAAUAUAUCUUGACUUCUCAGAUUAACUGCAUUUGAACACCAUCAUGAUAUCAGAAAAGUCCAGUCGCAUCAUUCUCCUUAGUGAGAGUGAAGUUCAUAGCAGUCUGUGAACCAUCAAAAGCCCCUUAAGUCAGCCUGAUGGUAGCACAGGUACACCAGAUUUACUAGUGUCCUUGGCUACAAAGCUUUUCCAGAAUGGAAUUUUAAAGGGUCAGCUGUCAUACAAGAAUAAUUCACCAGCAGACCAUUAAGUCAGCAUUUGUCAAACCAUCACUUGCCAUUCAGUUUGCCACUUUUUUGAAUUUCAAGCUUCUCUUCAUAGUUCUGUUUGAAUUGAAGAUGUCAACCCAUCAGCUCCUGGUAAAGUUAAAGCUCCUCUUAACACUUCAUGAUCCUAAAUCAUUCAUUAUGAAAGUAGAGAAAGCUUUCCUCAGAUGCAGUUUUGAAAUGAGUACAGUAAAGAAUUAUUUGCAGGACUGCAAGAAGUCAAGAUGUGUUUAAGAUAUUCAUCAUUUCAUCCUUUAUCUACUUUAUUUUCAUGCCACUCUUUCCUGCAGAUAUGGGGUGCCAUCUUGCACUCAGUUAUGCACAGACCUGAUUAUAGCAAAGUUAAAACAGGCUUUUAGGGAAUCCCAAAUUAGCAUUGGUUACUUGCUUGCAAUUUCCAUUGAUGGUAUUUUGUUAUUGCAUGGAUUUGAUUUUCUUUUGUUGAUAACCGAGGAAUUCAGACUGUGUAUACUGAUGUGUAUUCAGAUUUUAUAGUUUUGAUUAUUAGAACCAUUUUCAUUCCUCAUAUGGAGAUUUAAAUUUGUAGAAGAAUUAGCUCCAUUCCCCAUAUACUGUCCAUUAUGGUAUCUUCUGGAUAAACAAGAGAGAGGCAGACACACACAAAGAAGAAAAGUAAUAAUAAUGGACAUAAUUUAUGUAGAAGUCGGAGUUAUUUUCCUAGGUGUGAUUCACUUUUGCACAAGAUCCUCAUGUAAUAUGCAAGGUACAGUGAUUCCACCUGUUUUGUGAUUCGUAAUUUGUGUCACUCGCUCAAGACUUUGGUAGUCUGUCUGCCAACACACUGCAGGUUGUUGUGGGAUUGUGCAGAAAAAAAAAUGAGCCAAUAUGUCAUUGUCCUUUCACUGUUGUUAAGGCAAUGUGUCACAUUCAGAUAGUGGUUGGCAGACAUGCAUUAUAUCUAGUUAGCAAAGCAAGAUCAUACCUAAUAAACUAAUAAAAAAUUAUAAUGAAAAUAAAGGAAA